CCCAUUAUCGCCCCUAUCUGCACGUGACCGUGCGGAUGUGGCCGAUGAGAGCCCCAGAAAAGUGCGGCAUCGACCAUUUUCCCCUCCAGAGGAAAUACCAAAGAGAAUUCUCUUUCCUUCCCAUCCCAGAAUGCUAUGAUCAGAUUCCUCCGCUCCAAGAUGACCUCUCUCGCCGAAUCCGUCGCCACCACCCCGGCCCAAGUGCCGCGCGUGCCCAUCCCACCCAAAGGCGUCGACUAUCGCGGCAAAAUCGUCCUCGCUCCAAUGGUUCGAUCGGGCGAACUUCCCUCGCGCCUGCUCGCUCUUCACUACGGUGCGGACCUCGUCUGGGGCCCCGAGACUAUCGAUCGCUCACUCAUCGGUGCCGAGCGCCGCGUCAACCCACGCAACGGAACUAUCGAAUUUACCCGGAUGCCCUCGAAUGGCGGCCGCGUCGAAAAAGCCGCCAAACCGUCAGUCAUCUACCGCCUCGACCCCGUCCGCGAAAAGGGCAAACUCAUCUUCCAAAUGGGUACUGCCAACCCCGAUCUUGCCGUGCAGGCGGCAAAGGUUGUUGCGGGGGAUGUCUGGGGUAUCGACGUCAACUCGGGCUGUCCUAAGCCAUUCAGUACGAGCGGCGGCAUGGGUGCUGCGCUACUGCGUACGCCCGAUAAACUAGUUUCCAUUCUGGAGACGCUAGUCCGCGAGGUCGGCGAGCCUUAUCAGAUUGGUAUCUCCGUUAAGAUUCGCAUCCUCGAGACUCCCGAGCUUACCGAAGCGCUCGUCACCCGCCUCGUUCGCACCGGUAUCACGGGUCUGACCGUCCACUGCCGCACAACCCCCAUGCGGCCCCGGGAGCGCGCUAUCCGUCACCAGCUCCGCAUGGUAGCCGAUGUCUGUCACAAGGCCGGCGUGGCGUGCCUGAUGAACGGCGACGUCACCUCCCGCGACCACGGACUGAAGCUAAUGGAAGAAUACGGCGUCGACGGCGCAAUGAUCGCAGUGUCCGCAGAAGCCAAUUCCUCCUGUUUCCGCUCCGAGGCGGACGGCGGUCUCGACCCGUGGCGCGACGUGGUCUACCAAUAUCUCAAGUUCUGCAUCGAAAGCGAGAAUCGCUACGGCAAUACCAAGUACCUGCUCAACAUGUUGAUUCCCGGGAAAGUCAAGGAAUUCAAGGACGCCAAGCAGUCCAAGACUUAUGCCGAUGUCUGCCGUCGUCUGAAGUUUGAUGAUCUGGUGCCUGCGGCGAUGCAGCUAGAUGAGAUCCUCGACCUCACACAGAAGCAGGAGCUCGGGGAUGGCGAGCACUCCCAGGCUGUUUCCAAGGCUGUGCAGAAUGCCAAGGAAAAUAAUGAGUCUGCUCGUGCCGCUGGCGGCGGUAGCUCCAGACCUGCCAAGUCGAAUACCACCUCUACGAAUAAUGCCACCACUACCACCGUUGACCCAUCAGUCCCAGCUGCUGCAGAGGUCUCCCAGCAGUCCAGCGUUGCAGUAUAAACUUGCCUUCUCCUUCCCCUCCCAAUAUCCCCAUUUUUUUUUUCUCUUGUCUUUCUGCAUAGCCUGGUUAUGAGACCUCUGUCGACUUCCUUCAUCAUUUGGGAUGUGGUUCCCUGGUUCUCAUUUUCUUGUUCAUAGAUUCCCCCAAAAAUACAUAGAUAAUAUACGUACGGUACAUGAGUUUACGAUAUACAAGGCU